AUGUUGUUUGCUACCGUGUUGAUUCACUGUCGCGUGUGUGAUCUGCCGCCUAGCCCUUCGCCUAUAAAAUCCCCCACCCUCUCACUUCUUCUCCUUCUUUUCUUUUUUUCCCACCCCACGACCAUCGACAACAACAACAACAACAACAACACCGACAACACCGACAACACCAACGACACCAACGACAACACUAAUGACAACACCAACGACAACACGACAACGACGAAGAAGGCUGACUCACCAGCACCGACGAAGAAGAAGACGAAGAAGAGCUGA